GCUUCUCCAACUCCGUUUCCCCUCGUCAGUCGUCACCCUCCUUGCCGUCGUGUCCCCCACUCCCCCUCCCCCCUCUCGCGGCUUCUCCUCGCGACGCGAGCACCGCCGGCUUCUUCGCCAGAGCACCCGCAGCGCCUUGCAUGGAACCCGCACCGCUCUCCUGCCUGCAGGAGGAUGGGGAGGAGGAGCCCGCCGGCGGAUCCGCCGCCGCCGUCCCGCCUCGCCCUGCCACGCACAGCCACUCGCUCCACAAGUACGCGCCGCUGGACUGGUCCGACUACUUCGACGAGGAGCGCCGCGUCGCCACCCCCGACACCGACGACGUUUUCAAUGUGUACACGGCCGGAUCGGAGGGGCCCGUCGUGUUCUGCCUGCACGGAGGCGGCUACUCGGGCAAGUCAUAUAAAGGACAAGGCUCGUGUUGUUGCCAUGGAUCUACGGGGACAUGGAAGAUCUACCACAAGCGAUGAUUUGGAUUUGUCCAUCGAAACUCUCACCAAUGAUGUCUUAGCUGUUAUACGUACAAUGUAUGGAGAUUCACCACCAGCAAUUAUACUCGUUGGGCAUAGCAUGGGUGGUUCAGUAGCUGUACACGUGGCUGCAAGAAAAGAAAUUCGUAAUCUUCAUGGACUUGUUGUUGUUGAUGUAGUUGAGGGAACAGCAAUGGCUUCACUGUUUCAUAUGCAGAAGAUCUUAGGAAAUCGGGCACAGCACUUCCCUAGCAUCGAAAAAGCAAUUGAAUGGGGUGUCAAAGGUGGUCCGUUAAGGAACAUUGAGUCUGCUCGUGUGUCCAUUCCAUCUACCUUGAAAUAUGAUGAAUCACGGGAAUGCUAUACAUAUCGCACUCCUCUUGAGGAAACAGAAAAGUACUGGAAAGGAUGGUAUGAGGGUCUUUCAGACAAGUUCUUAUCUUGUCCAGUGCAAAAGAUCCUGUUAUUAGCUGGCACCGAUAGACUGGACAGAGCUUUAACAAUUGGUCAAAUGCAAGGAAAAUUUCAAAUGGUGGUGGUUCGAAACACUGGGCAUGCCAUACAGGAAGAUGUACCUGAAGAAUUUGCAUCACACAUACUGAAUUUCAUAUCUCGAAACAAAAUAGGGCCUAAUGGUGUCGAGAUACCUGGCCUCAUUAAAAAAUGGCAGCAGUAGACAGAAUGCACAAGGAAGUAUGACAGUAUUUAGGAAAAUGAUGAGGGGACCUACCUACGCUAGUUUAUCUUCCAUGAAAGAGAAAAAGUUGCGCGAGAAAGGUUCAAGAUGAUCAUGUAGGCGUGAGGAAUAAUUGAUUCACGAUUUGGUUGCGACUCACGCGAUGAACGGCAUUAGUAGUUUUAUGACUUGGCUUGGGACACGCGAGUGCCUUUUGUACAAGGUUUCUUAUAUGUUUGUGUAAAAAGCUGAGCGCAUUAUAAUGCUUUCCAUGAAGGUAUGUUAUCAUGUAGCUCGUGGCCAUGUUAUAUCCAAAUGAACAUUGGCUGCAGUUGAUCUCAA